CGAAGUUCAAAGUUCAAAGUUCAAAGUUCAAAGUUCGAUAUCUCGGGGACGUGGGCUCUGAGCAAAUCCGAGACUUGCUAUUCACGAUCGCAGCGGGCAACGAACGCGCAUACCUGUCGUCGACAUGCAGCUGAAAGAUAAGGUCGUGUUCAUCACUGGAGGUGCACAGGGGUUCGGGAAGGCCGUGGCUGAAGCUGUGCUGAAGAAGGGUGCAAAGGUUUGUGUCGCGGAUGUCAAAGUGGACCAAGGGGAGGCAACUGCCAAGGAGCUACAAGCUUCCAGUGGAGCAGACAAUGUCCUCUUUGUGAAAUGUGACGUGUCUGAUGCUUCUGUAUUUGAGGAUGCUUUCAAAGCUGCCGUCUCGAAAUUUGGUCACGUUGAUGUAAUGUGCAACAAUGCGGGCAUCAUGGAUGAACGAAUAUGGGAAAAACAGCUCGAAAUCAACUUCGGUGGCGUACUGCGGGGGACAAUGAUGGCGCUGAAUCACAUGAGGAAGGAUAAAGGGGGUAGAGGCGGUGUCAUCAUCAAUACUGCUUCAUUGGCAGGUUUGUUUCCUACGUACUGGUUCCCUGCUUACGCAGCCAGUAAAAGUGCUGUUUAUCAUUUCACAGCGAGCUGGGCACAAAACCCCGAAAUGAAGGCCGCCGAAAUUCGCCUGGUUAGUAUCUGCCCGUCGGGCGCUAAGACGGCUCUGCUUGACUUGGCUGAUGACCAGAUCAUAAACCCCGCACACUUCAAGCAGGUUAUGGAACAAGUCGUGUACUGCACGGUAGACCAGGUGGUGGAGGCAUUCCUGCUGGCAAUGGAGGACGACACCAUCAACGGCACAGCCAUCACCAUCAAAGGCAAAGAAGGUGUGGAAAAGAUGAAGUUGUCACUGGUCCCGGCGGAGUAAUACCAAAAUACCACAUGAAAUAGUCCCAAGAAGAUACAAGAACUUAAUCAGUAGUAUUAAAAUGCCUUUUAAAAAGAAAUUGCAAAGUACUGCAUGAUGUGUAUGCGGACCACAGAGAAAGCCUUCGUGUAAUCCAUGGUAUUUUGUUAGAUAUAUAUAAUCAAAACAGAUAAAACAGUCCGAAAGGAUUAUGUAUGGUUGUAUGUAUAUCCACUGAAGUCAGGAGAUGGUCCAAUGGCCUUGGAAUCUUUGCCAUAAAGCGAAAGGCGCUCAACAAAUGAGCGACAUGAGUGAUCGAUGACAUGUUGUGAAUAAAACAUGCUAUUACGA